UUACAUUUGACACGUUGCUCACAAUGCAAAUCUUCGACUGCAAGUAGUCAAGCAAACAGUCUCGCAUGUUGACAAGUUUUUUGUGGCUUUUUUCUUUCAAAGCAAAGCCGAGUACUGUAUGACUCUGCAAUGCGUUUCGAACGUGUACGAUGACACUCUGAUGACGGGUACCGAGGAGCGCACCUCGUCGCCGAUGGACGAUCUCGAGUGGCCGGGUCUCGUGCAGUGGCCGUGGUCAUGGUGGGAGGACUUGGAGGAGAUGAGCAUCGUCUCGAACGCUGCCUUCGUGCUGUGGGCGCUGGCUUCUCCCCUCCUGCUAGUGUUUGUCCUGCCACUCUUCAUCCUGCUCUUUCUCUACCUCUCCACCCUCUUCCUGUACCUAUACGGCAUCAAAAAUAUCGUCCGCAGCUCUCGCUCCGCCGGCAUUUGGAGCAAGGCUCGUCGGAUCCUGGCUUCUCUCUGGGUUAAACACGCGGCCUUCUGGCACGGUUACGAAGUGCACGGUCUGGAGAACGUUCCGGACUCCGGGCCGGCACUCAUUGUGUACUACCACGGAGCCAUCCCCAUCGACUACUACUACCUGCUCUCUUCAAUCAUCCUGAGCAAAGGCAGGCUCUGCUACUCGGUGGCAGAUCACUUCCUCUUCAAGCUACCUGGCUUCAGGUUAUUGCUGGAGGUGUUCAGGGUGAUCCACGGGCCGAGGGAGCAGUGCGUGCGUGUUCUGCGUCGUGGCCACCUCUUGGCCAUUUCCCCCGGCGGUUUGAGGGAGGCGCUUUUCAGCGACAACGCUUACAGAUUGCUGUGGGGCAACCGCAGUGGAUUUGCCCAAGUUGCCAUUGAUGCCAAGGCGCCCAUCAUUCCUGUGUUCACACAAAACCUCCGAGAAGGAUUCAGAACACUUGGAAGCCUGUGUGUGUUCCGCUGGCUGUACGAGCGAUGCCGUCUGCCCGUGGUGCCAAUCUAUGGUGGCUUCCCUGUGAAGUUCCGCACCUACCUCGGAGACCCCAUCCCCUAUGACCCUGGCACCGGUGCAGCUGAACUUGCUGAGAAGACCAAACAGGCAAUGCAGGGCCUGAUUGAAGAGCACCAAGAUAUCCCAGGAAACAUCCUUCUCGCUUUGGCGGAGCGACUGAGCGGAACGCCCAAGGUGGACUAAGGAGUGACUUUGCAAGUAAAACAAUGAAUAAAACGUUUUUAAUGAUCCUUCCAUGUGCCGAUUGAAUUGACGUCAGCGUUGCAACUGCCCCAAAGACUCAACCUGAUCUAGAGGCUUAUCGCUGAGCAGCCACGAGUUUCUCUCUGUCUUAGGAAGCGGGACAAAGUGACGUGAUGGUUCCUCCAUUCGUAAGUCAGCAGGUUAACUCCGUCUUGGCUGAAUGGGGCAAUUGUGCUUAAGCUCUGGGCUCUGUUGAUGUGACGCACGUUAAAAAUAUUGUUGUGGGAUGCCUCCUUUUUUAUACACAAAAUCAUAAUGCGUUGUUGUGGAGCAUCGGUGGGUUAAAGCAUAUAUUGUACAAGCAAAAUCCAAUCUGAUUUUCCACUUAUAAAUAAACGUAUGUUCCAUCCAUUGGAUUUUGGCUUCCACACUUUUCUAUACACAAAAUCAGUAUGCGUUGUUGUGGAGCAUCGGUGGGUUAAAGCAUAUAUUGUACAAGCAAAAUCCAAUCUGAUUUUCCACUUAUAAAUAAACGUAUGUUCCGUCCAUUGGAUUUUGGCUUCCACACUAAUAUUUAUCGAGCAGCGUUUGUUUAAGCAAGCAAACUCUGGACAGGUUUCAACCUUCUGGGCCUCAUCAGCAGUCAGAUAUUUCUUGUCACAGUGUUGCCGGGCACUGUUGUGUGUUUUUCCAAGUGAACAAUGACGAUACAUGAUAGUCAUAAUGAAGACUGUCUUUUUUUCUUUACUAAGACACAUUAAGUGCAAUAAAAAUGCUCUCUGCCAUCAAUAUCUAAUUAUUUGAUAAAAUUGUGUUUUUUUUUAUUUUUGACUCAUGAACAAUUUAGGUUCGUAGCACAGAUUGGAACUUGGGUGUUUGCUGGGUCAUGUAUGUUCGUUGAACUUCUUUCGCACUGUACGUAGUGAACCGUGCUCAUCAUGGUGCUGAGCAAGCUAUUUUUACUUGACACGUGCAUGAAGACACUUUUGAGUGCAAGGCACUCAGAGUGUGGCUGGCUUUCACUGGACCCUUCGGAGAUAAUCAUUAUACUCUCUUACAUCUUCUUGGUUCUUUCGGUAAAGUCACGUAGAAUGGAAACAAUAAAUAAUAAAAAUAAAACA